AUGGCCGUUAAUUAUUUUACAAUUUUUAUAUUUUUUGCACUUAUUUUAACUACAUUUUCUGCUACAUUAAAAGCACCAUUUAAACAGUGUUCACCACCAAGUUCUAGUGAAGUUAUUAAGGUUUCAGUAAAUGCUCCUUGUACAGAAGAAUAUUGUACGUUUUAUAAGGGUACUGAUGCUCGUCUUGAAUUUGUAUUUAAUUUAAAAAAGAAAUCUCAUAAAGUUCGAGCUAAAGUAGUAGCAACAAUUGGUACAAUCGAUCAUGAUUUUGCUUUACCUAAUUCGGAUGUUUGUCAACAACUCGGCUGUCCACUUAAAAAUGGUGUUCAAUAUACAUACUAUAAUAGUAUGUAUGUUAGUCCAACUUAUCCAUCGGUAAAAGUCAAUCAAAUGCGUUACUAUUUAAUCGAUGGUAAAGGCCGUGAGCUUGUUUGUAUCUCACUACCUGUCAUGAUCACUGAAAAAGGUUCGCAACAAUGA